CUGUUGCCGCCGCCGCGACCUGCGGUUCGUCUCCGCACAUUCCACACGCGGCCCAAACCGUCUCUCUCUCUCUCUUCUCUGACACCUCUUUUCCGUCUUUAUUUAUCCUGAGUAGCUUAGAAAGAUUGGGCAAGAAAGCUUACGUGGAAAGAAAAUCAACUUUCCUAGAGAUUUAGAGGACUAAAAGAAUAAAGAGGGCGUCCAUGCCAUGCCGAAAGUGCGACUAAGGUUAGGCAUCUGGAUUUCCGCCGUAGCCCUCUUCCACCCCCUUGGCCUUUCCGAAGCGAAUGAAAACAAACACUAACGAUGGCGGCGCCGGGAAGCUACCGGCUGCUGGGCUAAAGGCAGAAGUGACCGCUUAACCAGUGAGGGAAGCCCUGAAGGGCGCCAGUUGACGUGAGUGCGACAACUCGCGGAGUCCUAGGAGCAAAACGUCCGGGGCCUGCGAGUCAGGACCCUUCUGAAAAGCCUUAGGUGUCUAUCUGCGACCUGUGCCGUCACUGCAGCUACGAAGCGCGAAACCCUCAGCCAGGUGGCGCGGCUGGCCGGCCCCAGGCCCUGGCCUCCGUAAUGAGAUCCUGGAGCUACUCUCUGUGCCGCAGCUUCGCAGGUGAGGGUGACUGUUGACUAGUGAAAAAAGGGACCCAAGGUUCACGACUGUCUUCUUACUGGCAGUGGAACGACCAGUGGAAACCAGCGAUCCAUUCUCAUUAAAGAGGGACGGAGUCUUGCUCCGUCACCCAGGCUGGAGUGUGCAGUGUCGGGAUCUUGGCUCACUGCAACAUCCAUCUCCUGGGCUCAAGUGAUCCUCCCACUUCAGCCUUCCAAGCAGCUGGGACUACAGAUGUGUGCCACUAUACCUGGCUAAUUUUUGUAUUUUUAGUCGAAAUGGAGUUUCACUACGUGGGCUAGGCUGCUCUUGAAUUCCUCACCUCAGGUGUCUCACCCACCUCUCCCUCCCAAAGUGCUGGAAUUGCAGCAUCUUGGACUCGAGUGAUUCUUCUUCCUCCACCUCCUGAGUAGCUGCGACUACAGAUUCCUCUAGGCAAUGGAAACUGAUCUCAAUUCCCAGGACAGAAAGGACCUGGACAAGUUUAUUAAAUUUUUUGCCCUCAAGACUGUCCAAGUGAUUGUCCAGGCUCGACUGGGUGAAAAGAUUUGCACUCGUUCUUCUUCUUCCCCAACGGGUUCAGACUGGUUCAACUUAGCAAUUAAAGACAUCCCAGAGGUUACACAUGAAGCAAAGAAGGCACUGGCAGGGCAGCUGCCUGCUGUCGGGAGGUCUAUGUGUGUGGAGAUUUCACUUAAGACAUCUGAGGGAGAUUCCAUGGAGCUGGAAAUAUGGUGUCUUGAAAUGAAUGAAAAGUGUGAUAAAGAAAUCAAAGUUUCCUACACGGUGUACAACAGACUGUCAUUGCUGCUGAAGUCUCUCCUUGCUAUAACUAGGGUGACACCAGCCUACAGGCUCUCCAGAAAACAAGGGCAUGAAUAUGUUAUAUUAUACAGGAUAUAUUUUGGGGAAGUUCAGCUGACUGGCUUAGGAGAAGGCUUCCAGACAGUUCGUGUUGGGACAGUGGGCACUCCUGUGGGCACCAUCACUCUUUCUUGUGCUUACAGAAUUAACUUGGCCUUCAUGUCUACCAGGCAAUUUGAGAGGACCCCACCUAUCAUGGGGAUUAUUAUUGAUCACUUUGUGGACCGUCCCUAUCCCAGCUCCUCUCCCAUGCACCCCUGCAAUUACAGAACUGCUGGUGAGGACACUGGAGUAACAUAUCCAUCUGUAGAAGACUCCCAAGAAGUGUGUACCACCUCUUUUUCCACCUCCCCUCCAUCACAGUGUGUGUUUACUGUCACAAAGGCACAUUUUCAGACCCCUACUCCUGUGGUGACGGAUACCCUGAGGGUCCCCAUGGCAGGACUGGCCUUUUCCCAUCAACUCUCAAGCUCUCGCCUUUCCUAUCAGCCUACUGCCCUGGGCGUUGGAUCAGCUGACCUGGCUUAUCCAGUAGUGUUUGCUGCUGGCUUAAAUGCUACACACCCUCACCAGCUGUUGGUUCCUGGGAAGGAAGGUGGGGUACCCCUUGCUCCCAACCAGCCUGUCCAUGGUGCCCAGGCUGACCAGGAGAGACUGGCAACCUGCACCCCUUCUGAUGGAACCCACUGUGCUGCCACACCCUCCAGUAGUGAGGAUACUGAAACCGUAUCAAACAGCAGCGAGGGACGGGCCUCCCCACACGAUGUCUUGGAGACAAUCUUUGUCCGAAAAGUGGGGGCUUUUGUCAACAAACCCAUUAACCAGGUGACCCUGACGAGUUUGGAUAUACCCUUCGCCAUGUUUGCUCCCAAGAAUUUGGAGCUGGAGGAUACUGAUCCAAUGGUGAAUCCUCCAGAUUCCCCAGACACUGAAUCUCCUCUCCAGGGCAGCCUGCACUCAGAUGGCUCCAGCGGGGGCAGCAGUGGCAAUACCCAUGAUGACUUCGUUAUGAUAGAUUUUAAACCAGCUUUUUCUAAAGAUGACAUUCUUCCGAUGGACCUGGGGACCUUCUAUCGUGAGUUUCAGAAUCCCCCUCAGCUGAGCAGCCUCUCCAUAGAUAUUGGAGCGCAGUCCAUGGCUGAAGACUUGGACUCAUUACCAGAGAAGCUGGCUGUGCAUGAGAAGAAUGUCCGUGAGUUUGAUGCCUUUGUGGAAACCCUGCAGUAAAAGUAUCCUCGAGUCCCAGCAGCACCCCCCUUUUUGUGGCCCCAGGGGACAGGCAGCCUCCCAUGCACCAGCUGCUCCCACACCUCAUCCUGCACCGAGCCAGGUGGAAGGGAGGUUGGCUUCUCCCAUGGUGACCCAGAACUCCCUACUCGUGUACUCCUGGAGCCUCCGUGGCAGCAGUCAAGCCCAGUGUCCAGUUGGAGAAGACUUACGCUCUGGCCUUGAAGAUGGGAAGACCCUUCAUACAAAAGAGCCCUUAGCAGGGCCAUCUGUGUGCCCCACCCAUCACCAACUGCUUCCCAAGGACGGCAUCCUAUGCCUCCUGCCUGGGCCUGCCUUACAGCUGGCCCCUUCCCUGCCUGCUGUCACCAUCCACUAUUUGACAUUUCAGCUGGUGGCCAAGAGAUUGGUGUUGAGGCAGAAAGAGGAAGGGGACAGUGCCAAGAGGAGAAGGAAGGAGUCCCUUGGCUCUUAUUGUCCCCUUUACUUUCUGCUAUCUUCUUCCCCUCUUCCUCCCUCUCUGCCCCCAUGCCUGUACUUCUAGCAAUAUGACAGGCCUGUCUGCCCAAGAUGAGAACUCCAAAACUAGCCACUCCCACCCCUGAAGGUUGGGAGGGUCUGAGCAGCCCUGGUGGCUGCCCAUGCUCAGGUCCUCAGCUACAUGAGAAAUAAAAAUGGAACCCUGAAUCUCUAGGAUUCUGUUACUUGGAGUCAUAGCAAAGGUUCUUUUCCUCUCGUCCCCCCGUUGCUGCUCCUUGGUUAUAGAACACAGUAAAUAUUUAUUACUUUCAGAGAAACCAGAUAUUUUAUAAAGAAAAUAUGUUUGAGGUGAGUUGUUUUUCACUUGGAGAAGGUGGAGGGCUCUUCCUGGGACGGAGUCCUCCUCUGGAGGUUCUUGAGAAUCCGGGCUGCUGCUGCAAGGAUCUGCCUUCCCACCAUACAGACAGCGAGAUCCAAGAAGAGGGCUGACCGGGAGCAAAGUCAGCUCCCAGCAUGGCUGCACUGAAACUGACUACAGGCUUUACCUUGGACAGCUGAGUAUUCCUGGUGAGCCUUACAUCUCUGACAGCUUCUGCAGCGUGACUGACUCCGUUCUGGCAGCCCAGGAGGUCUAAAUGUGAUGGCCACAUGUAGUACUUAAGGGAUGUUGUGUGUGUCCCCUCAGUGCUGGGGUACUUGUUCCUGGUCCUUGGGGCUAGACUGUGGAGCUUUUCCUCCUCCUGCUUGGGGCUAGCUACCACCUCCCUCUAAUCCCAGGGUCUGUACACUGCCCUGGGGUUUACCAGCUGGAUUGGCUCCUAGUUGAGAAACCAAAGCUGGGCGUAUGAGACUUAACCCUUCAGGUAUUGUUACUUGAGUAAGUCAAGUGCCUAGCCUCACCCACCUGCCAUCUGUCCUCUCCCAGCCUCGCUGGUAGUCCUGGCUAAGGAGAUCUAGGCUUACGCCAUUCCUCCUGGCCCACGUGGGGCUCUCACUGGCAGCAGCUGUGCUUGAAUGGAGCAGGUGGCUCUCAACUGCUUGUUAGUAAACUGCACGUGACUGUUCCCACCGAUAAGGCUGACCUCUGAGCACUGGAGCAGGCUCUGGAGGAGACUUGAGCUCUGCCUGCUGCUGCUGCCACAGGGAACUUGUUCUCAGCGGCAGCAGCCAACUGGCCCUCCUGUCUUUGGGCCAGAGCACAUGCAUGGCCUGCUGAACCCAGGCCCAGGUUUAUCCCCAAGGUCCCAGCUGAGAAGGGGGAAGGCCCUUGGUAAGUUAUUCAUGCCCCCAUAUUUCAGCCACUGGCCUCUUUCCAAGGCCUUGUAUGGAAAGGCGUGCUAGCCAUUGUCCCUGGGCAGCUCUCUUGGCCUCUGCAGGCGGCAGCAGCCUUUCACCAGAGCUUCAUCUGUGAAGAGGCCAGGGAGGUGCAGCCCUGACUGAGCUGAGCCUGGGAGAACCAAAGCAACUGUUAAGGACAGCCCUUGCCCCUCAGCCCUACCAUAAAACAUAUGAGCCCUAGACUGACUCCUGCAGCACCCCCGGGACAAGCUGGGACCAGCUGUCCGUCUCCAGGUGGCAGAGUCCCUCCUCCAACCUCUCCAGCCUACUUUGGAAAUACUGAGCUACACUUCAAAAUGUAUUCAAGAGAUUUCCAAUAAAUUUUUUUCUGUACUUUA